AUGAAUUUAAAGGAUGGAAACCAGUCAGGAGAAGUUGCUCGUACUCUGGUCGAAUUUUUGGAAGUAGCUAUCACAAUGGUUGUGUUCCUCAAAGGUUUUUACCCGUCUGCGGCAUUUGAAAGGCGGAGAUAUAUGAAUGUGGUGGUGCAAAGAGCAAGGCAUCCCGAGCUACGUGACUAUAUUCACUCUGCAACUUCUGGUCUUCUUCCUUUUAUCGAAAAAGGUCUUGUUGAAAGAGUAGCAGUCAUAUUUUUCAGUGAGGAUAGUGUUCCUGUGGAGAGGUUCGUCUUCAAACUCACGAUUAACUCGUCUUGCGCUGCUUCAGUAGAAGAGGGUCAACUGGAAUUCGCGCUUAGGUCUUUCUUAAUCAAGCUCUCCGUCUCAAAAUCCCUCGUCAAGCCUCUUCCUCGUAAUUGUAGAUGGGAGGUAACGACUUAUGUGAGGUCGCUUCCUGAAGUGGGGUCAAGCAAAGAAGGAGAGGCUUGGAUUCCAACAGACACAAAGCAAUGGCAAAAGCCACCAGUUAUAACGCCGGUCAAGUCUCUGAACAGCGAGCCACUCUGCUUACAGCUUUACUUGGAACACCCAAGCUUGUCUGAGCCACAACCUUGA